AUGGUGCUUUCCACUUGUUUCAAGCUCCUGGCUGCUGGUUUGUUGGGGCUCGCCUGCGCCACGCCUCCUGUCAUCGACAAGGAGCUCAUGAUCAUCAGCGAGUUCGAUGUUGGCUCGAUACCGGGAGCUGAAUAUCAAGUUGCUCGAGAUCUCGGCUACAAUGUCACGUCCAAGUCCAAGGCCCAGUUUCAGGCCAUGACCGUCGACGAGCUUGGCUACUACAAUGCAAUCGUCAUCUCAGACAAUGGCAGCUGUGACGAGACAGACCUCGCCUUCCUCGACCCGGCAACUUCCACCAACCUGGCCGCCGCUGCCAAGGGCAACAUCUUCAUCAUGGGCACCAGUCUGACUGCGGAGAUGCGAUUCAUGAUUGACUGUGACAUCCCUGAUCACACGCCCGUGACCUCGGUGGCACGAGACGCCCUGCACUGGGUGUCCAGCGGAACCUCGACCGGCUUCUAUCUCUCAUUCUCCUGCUAUCGCCAACUGCAGGGCAUCCCCGCGACUGCUGUCCCUGCGCUCGUUGGUUUUGGCAACUUCGCCUCUCGAUCCGGAGACUAUCCCACAGGAGGCAGCUGCCUUUACGAUGUUGAGCUCCCAAACGCCGACGAGAUCUUCCAGUCCGAUGUGACCCCCGCCUCGACGUUCACUCAGUACCGUUGCGCCAUUCCCGAGAUCUUCACCGCCUGGCCUUCUGGCUUCGCCGUCAGCGGCAACUCUGCCAGUGCGCAAAACGACGCCGGAACUAACAUGCAUCUGCCUUUUAUGCUGGACCGCGUGUCCAUCUACAACAACUGCGGCAACGGGAGAAUCGAUGGCCCGAACUGGAAGGAGGACUGCGACGACGGCGAGGCCAACGUCGGCGGCACCUUGGCCACCCAGUUCUCCACCUGUUCGGCCCAGUGCACAUGCGUCUACGGCGUGGCCGCAGGGGGGACUUGUAACCCUGUGCCCAAUCUGUGCGGCAAUGGGGUCUGGGAGUCCGGGAAUGGCGAGCAGUGCGACGACGGUCCCACUGGCAGUAGGUCGUGCACCGCGACUUGUCAAUGCAUCUACGGCGUCGGCUCACAGCCUGGCACGUGCAAGAAUGAGCCAGUAUGUGGCAACGGGGUGGUCGAUGACGGCGAGCAAUGCGAGCCACAAAGAAUUCCAGGCCGUCGUGGUGCAUCGGGCCUAUUGGCGCGCCGACCGGUGCCUGUCGCUGACGACAUCUGCAAUGCCCAGUGUCAGUGCAUCUACGGGCUCAACGCGACGACAGCAGCGUGCAACCCGGUUCCUGUAUGUGGCAAUUACUGGACCCAGCAGGGCGAGGAAUGCGACGCUGGACCUUCGGGCGACGAGGUGUGCUCGUCGACGUGCAGGUGCAUCUACGGCGUGACCCAGGACGGCUGUGUGCCCGCGCCAGUGAACAGCACGACAACGACAACGUCUCCCACUAGCACAGCUUCAAGCUCCAGCUCAAGCACGACCUCCAGCAGUACAAUUUCAGCUACAUCAACUCCAGCCACUUCCAGUUCUGCCGUCAGUAGCAGCACGCCAGCGACUUCGCCAACUUCGGUGCCUUCCUCUACCGCCCCGACCUCGUCCGCCACUCCGACGCAGACUUCGAGCCCGUUCCCUCAAAGGCUCAGCACCAAUUACGAGUUCGUGGGAUGCACUGGCUCGGAACAGAACUAUCCUUCCUUUACGCUACAGGUAUCCAGUGACAACAUGAACCUAGAAUUGUGCACCGCCGCUUGCAACGGCCGUCUCUAUGCCGGUGUCCAUGUGAACAACUGCUACUGUUCUGACGAGUUCAGCAACGUCGUGACCAUCUCUCGCGACCUCUGCAACCUCCCUUGCCCGGGCAACCCGGCCGAGAACUGCGGCGGCUACCGCUCCGUCAACGGCACCACUACUUUCAUCCGCCGUCAGAACCGCCGCCAGGCCGCGGGCCCCGUGCCGUCUAAUGCCCUCCUGGCUGUCUACCAGUUCGCCCCACAGAGCCCGACCUCGGCCGUCCCACCGCCUACCUCCCCAGUCCCGGGUCCGUCUAGCGUCCUACCGGCCCCGCAGAGCCAGGGCCAGGGCCAGACGACUGCCAUCGCAGUCGCUACGGCCGCUGCUACUGCCACGGCCACGACCACGGCCAUGGUCACGAGCACCACGUGCUCUAGCGGCUACUGCAAUGCCGCGGGCUACAUCUUCGAGCAAUGCCAGGGCUACCCGAACCCCGGCGAGGCUGUCUUUGUCCUUCAGGCUUGCAGCUGUCCCGGCGGUUGGCAAUACGUCCCCGCCGGCUGCGAUGGCACCUCGUGCGGCUCGCUGGUGGUGUAUCGCGCUGUGGCCUGGACUACCGGCACCGCUCCCCCCUCUGGGGUGGUCGUGUACCAGCCACAGGCGUGCAUUAGCUUCAACUGUGUUGGCAGUGUCAUCUUUGCGCAGGGCAGCGGUGUCAGUGGUGGCAACGCAAACACUACCAGUCCGGUGCAGCCCUCGACUGUUGUCGUCGUUGCUGGGGCCGGCAAGAUGGUUGGAUACAUGAGCUCUCUCAUGGUUGCUGUUGGCGCCCUCGUCCUUCUUUUAUAA